UUUCAAACUCACGCGCGCGCUCAACGAAGAAGCAUCGAAGCCCGGACAUCCCCAUCGAAAAGCGGGGCCGCGCAUGCGAAUUUCCGAUCAUCGCCCACCACCCCCGCCGCCUCAACGAGUGCGAUAGAGAGAGAGAAAGCGGGUGAGAGAGAUAGAGUUAGAGAGAAAACUACGAUCGUCACUUGCCAAACUCCUCCAAUACCAAAAUCCGUCGUGGGUGCUGGAAUGAAACCGAAAAACGUCCGAAUUUUAUGAAAAUAUUUAACCAAAAAGCUGUGUUUUCAUGCGAUUUAAUCAUUAAGUGCCAGUGUGUGUGUAGUAUAUGUGCUAAAGAAUAUUAUCGACCGACAAGUGCAGAAUGAAAAUCAUAAACAAAACAACAGCAAAACAGGCAACAAGUUUUUUUGCGUAGAAUUCGACGACGGCUACGUGAAAUUCCAAGUAAACAACAACAAGAUACCAAUCCGAAAGCCUGUUGUGCGUUUUGUGGCGUUUUUUUUUGUUAUUAUUGUUGCAACUCGUUUCGGCUUAAAAGUUUUUGUUGUUUUUUAUCAAAGCCACGAAGCGGGUCAAAUGCAUAAAUAAACAAGCGAAAUGCGCUGUGAAUGAAACGAAACGAGAUGUUGUUAUUAUUUGGCCUGAAGCGAAAUUAAUUACACAGUGCAUUGUCAUUGCAAAAAUUGUAUCUCAGUAUCUGUAUCUCAAUCAGUGAAGUUUUCAUAAAAGUUGCGGGUCGCAUCUGCCCGAUUUUCGGAGUAUCGCCGUCCCGCUCAGUCCCCCGCGCGUACAGCUAGCUGCCGAAAAAAAAGCUCGGCCCAAACAAAUGAGUGCAUCUGAUAGAUGCGUUUGCCACCCGAGAAGCGUCUGUGGCACAAACUAAGCCACUCUGGAUCGCCGACACCAAUGGCAGCUAAACAACGGGCCGGCGUACGAUUUCCCAAAGCAGCAGCACAGAUAAGUCGACAGCACGACUUGAAUUAUUGCACGCAACAGCGGCAACUGAAACUGCAACAUCUACCACUGCAACAGCAACAUCAGCCACUCCGGAGGGCAGAGAAAGGGGAGAGGCUGUGGCAGGCGGCGAUAUAGACGCGCAGCUUCAUUCUACAAAACAAUUGUGGAAAAGUGGGAAACUGCGAGAGUGUAUGUGCCAGUGUAAACGAACAAUAGAAAACCAGAUAGAAAAUCAGCAGAGAAAACAAUCAGCCGAGAAAAACACACAAGACAACACAACACAGCACUGCAGAGCUAAACAGAGCAACAGCAACAAUAACUUAAGUACUUUUGUUUGUUUGAGCCUUAGUUUUUGUUGGUAUAUGCUUCGGUUACGAUGUCGUUGAUGAAAAUUCAUCGAAGCAAUGAAUCAUUUUGCUGUUGCUGGUUGCUCUUGUUGGCUGUGGCAUUGUUGGCUGUUGAGGCGGCAGCAGCGGCGGCUUUAAGUGAAACGCACACGAAUGCAACAACUAAUGGUGCAAUUAGACAGCCAGCCAGCCAGGCUGCAUCGGAUUUGCAACUUCAACUUCAGCAACAGCAACAGCAACAUCAAAACCAGCUGAAUGCGACCGCCGGCAACGGGGACGGCGAAAGCCGAAAUUCAGCGGAAAUUUUGAGCCCCGGCGAUGUGGAUGUGGUUGCUGAGAAACCCACCACUUAUCGGCCUUCCGGGGCUAACAGGCCCUCGAUAGCACCGCUCAACUCCGCUCAGGAUCGGGAGCGAAAGCUGAUGAAUGUGCUGGCUGCCAGGCGAUCUGCCCUGCAUCGCGGUGGCUUCCGCACUCGGAUAGGCACCACCGGACGCAGUGCCAUCUCCCCCGCGGCGGCGGUGGAGAGCACAUCCAAGGCGCCCAGCGAUCCGAGGUCCGUGUGCAUCCGCAACUGCACCAAGAACUUCACUCGGCGCACCACCGCCAGUUGCAUGCGUCAGUGUGCCAACUUUACCCGGAUGGCCAUGCCCCCGAGUGGCAACAAUUCGUCGGUGGUGCUGAAGGGCCCCGGGAAGGCGAAUAGUUCCGGAGGAGAUCGCGACACCAACGAAAUUCUCUUCAGCGACGAGUCCUCCCAUGGACUGUUUGUGGUGGCCAAGGAUCAGAACGAUACCCUGAACCACAUUGCAGAUGGCACCAAGCCACAGCGCAGCAAGGCCACUCCGGUGGACCAGGAUGCCGAGGAUCAGGAUGAGGAGGAGGAGGAACUGAAGCCUUACGUCUAUUUUGGCGCCAAGCUCCCACCAAUCCGCCCUGGAGGCUUGACCAUCAAGCCCGCCGAGGGGGACGAUGAACAUCCCCGUGUGCUGGAGGUCUCUGUGGCCCAGAGCAGCACGUCAACCUCCACCACCACACCGGCAACUCUAACCACCACCAGUACAACUUCAGCUCCUGUGGCAGAAAGCUCUCUUAGACCCACGGCAUCGACGAGGCGACCCUUGACCGCCGUGGAGCGAAGUCGCAGUAGGUACAAGUACCACAUGAGGGACCGGGGCCUGGUAACUGCUCCUGCACCACCUGCAGCGGCACCACCUGCCCAGCCAGUCAGCCGCACACGGUAUGUGGGGUCGGGACGUCCCACGGCGGUGGAUCCACUCCAGGAACUAAAGCAACCCGAGUCGGAGAUUGCGAAGCCUGUGGUGGUUCGCAGAGUGGUGACCAAGGCGGCGCCGACUUCCUCGUCCACUCCGCUGAUCAUCACUGUACUCAGUGCGGAAGAGGAAACUACGAUGGUGGGCCAGGCUGAUGUAACUACUACAGCGAAAUCUUCCACCACAACCACAACACCCAGUAGUACAAGCACCACACCACCUGUGCCCAGAACCACAUCUACGACAACCACAACAACUACUCUUUCCCCCACAACAACAACAUCAACAACAAGUACAACCACUACAACCACAACGAGCACAACAACAACUACUACCACACCCAGCACCACAACCAGUACCAGUUCAACCACCGAAGUACCAAGCACCACACCAAAAAAGAAAUCCAUCAUUGAGGAGGACACUGAGCUGAUUAGGGCUCUAGGACCUUCGCUGACGCAGGAGAUCAACAUCGAGGAUCAGAACAAUCUGAUCAUAUUCUGCAACAACACCGCCGACUGUGGUGCCACACCACGCACCCACACACAGAUGCCCCACACCACAGACUCCAGUCCAAAGAUACUGCGCACCACCGUUCUCACUUCGGUGAGAUCCACAGUGCAUCCGCGCCCCACCAGCACGACGAGUACCACAACCACUCCAGCACCACCCGCCGAAAAUGUUUUCAUAGGAAUCGUGGAGUCCUCGUCCUCGGCGGCACCACCACAGGAGCCAAGUUCCACGCUGAUCACUAACGAGCGGGAUCUGAAUCUGGAGAUGCGGCGCAUGAACCUGGUCACACUGGUGCUGGUGGCGGUUGGCGUGAUUCCCCUGGCGGCCAUUGUGAUGUACUUAGUGCGCAACUAUGUGGUGCGGCGCAGGGCGAAACAGGGCGAAGUCUUCGAUGUCUGCAUAACAGAUCAGCAGCCGAUCAGCCCUGUGAAGAAAGUGGACUCCAAGUACCAUCUAGACGAGGAAGAAGAUGAAGUGGACCAUCCACACCACCACCAUCAAAACCAUCAGACGCACCACCAGCAACAGCAGCAGAGCCACCACCAAGCCAUGCCCAUGUCGCAGGCGGCACAACGGGAUGUGAACCACAAUCGAUAUGGGAUCAAUGACGACAAAACCUCUCUGGCCAGUGAGUUCCAGGAGUUCGAGCGGAGUAACAUCCGGCUGAAAAGCCUCCUGGGCGAGGGAAACUUUGGCCAGGUGUGGAAGGCGGAGGCGGAUGACCUGAGCGGGCACUUUGGGGCUACCAGGAUCGUGGCCGUGAAGACAAUCCGAGCGUGCAGCGCCCAGGUUACCCUCAAGGACGAAGCCAACAUUAUGCGGAAGCUGGGAUCGCACCAGAAUGUGGUCACCCUCCUUGGAGCCUGUGUGGAAUCUGAACCACAUAUGCUGAUCAUGGAGUAUGCCAUGCGAGGUCGCCUUUUGUCCCUCUUGAGGGCAGCCAGAAGUGCCACAAAUAUAUUGCCAGCUUCAGUGCCAGGAGGUCGAAGUCUGACUCCCUUGUCGCCUCGAACCUUGGCAGGAUUUGCUUUGGACAUAGCCUGCGGAAUGGAGUACAUUGCCAGCCGAAGGAUUGUCCACCGAGAUCUGGCUGCUCGCAAUGUCCUUUUGGAUCACAAUGGAAUGUGCAAGAUCUGUGAUUUUGGCAUGUCCAUCGAUCUGGAUGCUGAAAGGAUGCGCAAGGAACAAGAGAAAAAUGCGGCCAAUGACAUCCUGCGCAGCAAUGCCCAAAAGUUCAAGUUCGACUUUGGCAGCAGGUACAUCCUGCAGCACUGGCAGCACACCUUCGGCCAGGGACACGGCCCGGGUCACUGCUCCAAAGACCAUUCGCACGGGGAGAAGAAGUCACACCAUGGCCAUGACACCAUCGGCAAGCGGCAUGCCCUUCCCAUCCGCUGGAUGGCGCCAGAGAGCCUUCAAUAUCACAUGUUCACCACCGAGACGGAUAUCUGGGCGUUUGGCAUUGUCCUGUGGGAGAUAGCCACUCUUGGCUCCACACCCUACUCCCAGUUAACGGGUCGAGAGGUCAUCCGCCGCGUGCCCCAGGGACUCCGCCCAGAGCUGCCCAAGGAGAGCCGGCACGAGUUCUACAACCUGAUGUCCCGCUGCUGGCACAAAGAGCCCCACAUGCGACCCUCCUUCGCCCAGUCGAGGCUGGAGAUCACCAGGUCGCUGCACAAGUGGGUGGACGACGACUCGGCGGCGUCAGAUUACAUGGACGUCAGCGGUUUCAGCGAGGAUCUCGAGCACGGAGUGGUGUACUUCAACCACCGCAUCUCGGAGUUCGAGUGCGAGAUAUGACGCUGACUGAACCACCCCCACCCACGUCUCCCCUUCCCCUCGUAACUUGUGCAUCUCAACCACUCAACCAUCAUCCAGAAUUAAUCCACCGUCUACUCCUCAUUGUUUCUUUGAAUCUGUAACUCUUUCGAAAUUCUCUGCCUUUAACUUUUGACGUGCUUGUCGAGCAGUAUUAUUUGUAUUUUUAAUUAUUUUCCACGCUGAAACCGGCGAGUUUUUCUUUCAUUGUAAAUAUUUAUUUGUUGUUGGUCCAACAUAAACGCAAAUUACGAAAAAACCUAUGAUAUACGAUCUAGGCCCUAUGAUUAAUGAAUGGCGCUACCUAUGCCUAGUUUAAUGUUCGUCACUUAGUUCUUCUAGUCUGUAUCUGAAAUCCCAUCUUUGAGUUGAGCUAUUUUCUUAGAUUUGACUGCACUGAAGAAUCAUGAAAAGAAUCUAUAUGUAUUCCCCCCAACCCAUCAGUUUUGUAAAAUGAUUCGUUGAUAUGAUAUAGGCGUUCAGCGCAUAGGAUUUAUGUAAUUGUAUUCAUAUUUAGCUAUAGAAUUGUACAAAUAAAUUAAUUAAACACGAAAUAAAAUUAUGAUUAUUACACCA